UUCCCAUGUUUGUAAAAUCACAGUGGUUUUCUCCAUGCAAUCCACCCACCCAUUCUCUUCAAAGGCGGAGCGUGCAUCUGCCUUCUGCAACUCACUAUGAUGAGAAGCCUUUCCCUUGAGCUUUUCCACGUCUGCAGUGUUGAUGGUGGCUACACAAGAAGCUUGAGAAACCAGUUUCCAAAACAGAGAAACCCCCCAUUACCAAUACCAGUUCUCAAAAAACGGAAGCGCCUUCGAUUUACACACUCUUCUUUCAUUUGCUCAGCAACUCUAGCAGUGAUGGCAGAUGAAAAAAAGAAAGUGUUCGAUGUUGAAAGUGCUGCUUCAUUGGUGAAGGAGCUCAGAGGGAGCUUCAAUGCUGGUAAGACAAAGAGCUAUGAAUGGAGAAUUGCACAGUUGAAGGGAAUCGAGAAGAUGAUUGAUGAGCGGGAGAAAGAUAUCAUUGAGGCUCUUCAUGAGGAUCUUUCCAAACCCGAACACGAGGCUUUUGUGUCUGAGAUUUCAAUGUCAAAAGGUGCGUGUAAGUUGGCUCUCAAAGAAUUGGGUCAUUGGAUGAAGCCAGAGAAGGCCAAAACUUCAAUGACAACAUAUCCAUCAUCAGCAGAAAUUGUGUCAGAACCUCUUGGUGUCGUGUUGGUCAUCUCAACAUGGAAUUAUCCUUUGUUGCUAUCUAUUGACCCAGUGAUUGGAGCUAUAGCAGCUGGCAAUGCUGUAGUUCUAAAACCUUCAGAAAUAGCUCCAGCAACAUCGACUUUGCUUUCAAAAUUAUUAGAGGAAUAUCUAGACAACUCCUCCAUACGAGUUGUUGAGGGGGCUGUGGCUGAAACAACUGCCUUAUUGGAGCAGAAGUGGGACAAAAUAUUCUACACAGGUAGUCCAAGAGUUGGACGCAUAGUAAUGGCUGCGGCAGCAAAGCACCUUACACCUGUAACUUUGGAACUUGGAGGAAAGUGCCCUGUUGUUGUUGACUCCAAUGUCAACUUACAAGUUGCUGCGAGGAGAAUAAUAGCAGGCAAGUGGGGAUGCAAUAACGGACAAGCUUGCAUUGCUCCUGAUUAUAUUAUCACGACAAAAGAUUUUGCUCCAAAGUUGAUAGAUGUUUUGAGACAUGAGCUAGAGGAAUUCUUCGGGAAAAAUCCAAUUGAAUCAGAAGACAUGUCCCGCAUUGUGAGUGUACAGCAGUUCAAACGCCUGACAAGGCUCUUAGAUGAGGAUGAGGUCUCUGAUAAGAUCAUCAUUGGUGGACAAAGUGAUGAGAACCAACUAAAGAUAGCUCCAACCAUCUUGGUGGAUGUUCCUGAAGACACUGAGAUCAUGAAGGAGGAGAUAUUCGGGCCAUUACUUCCCAUCCUCACUGUGGAAAAUUUAGAAGAGAGUUUUGACGUGAUAAACUCAAAAUCAAAGCCUCUUGCUGCAUAUCUCUUCUCUGAAAACAAACAGCUGCAGAAGGAUUUUGUGAACAACAUAUCUGCAGGAGGAAUGCUCAUCAAUGACACCAUUCUACAUCUGACCGUUUCAAGUUUACCAUUUGGAGGAGUUGGGGAGAGCGGAAUGGGCUCAUACCAUGGCAAGUUCUCCUUUGAUGCAUUUAGCCACAAGAAGGCAGUUCUCUACAGGGGCUUCACCGGAGAAUCACCAGCAAGGUACCCACCAUACACACCUGGAAAGCUAAAACUAUUGAAGACUCUGACCAGUGGCAACAUAGUCUCCAUUCUUCUUGCCUUGCUUGGAUUCUCCAAAGAUUGAGUAGUUAGGAAGAGGGUAUAAUAUUGAAUGGAAAUUUUCCUAAUUUCUUGGUAUUUUAAGUACUGUUUGAAGAGAAGUAAAGGGUUUACAUAUUUGAAUGUGAAGUUCUUAUUCUGCCAGUUGAAGUUUUUAAGCUCCUCUUCUAAAUGAAAAUCACUUCUUCCAAAUGGGUUUCAAAAUAGGACUUUUACCCAAUGCAA